UGAGUAGUCGACUGGUUGGUUGAUGGUUGGAAGUGUAAUAGCAACAGUGAAACCGCAAGAAACGAGACUCAGCUGUUUUUAUCGUAACCAAAAUUGACUAAUAUGAUGUCAUGCAUGAUACUAGAUUUGAACCGAUAGAAAUUGUGUUGCAAAAGAAGGAUUUUGUCGGUAGUUAAAGCUCUAUAGUACUGUCACCAAUUGUGUAAAUUAUAGUUGGACGUAGCUAAGAAGGAAGACAACAACUCUGACCAAGAUAUUAGUAGAUUUUUCGACCUGGAAACAAAGAGUGAAUUGUAACUAAAUAUCCUCAGCAGCCCGAGAUGAAUGACAGCGUGAACUGCCAACAGGGGUUUAUCACUGAAAUCCACUGCCCCUUGACAGUACCAAUCCGCACACAGCCUCUCACUGAUACAUACGCAGUAGAUCCAACACCUUUUGCAAGGGGAAAAUUUGCCACUGUACGUCGCUGCAAGCACAAAGAAACUGGUAUUGAAUAUGCAGCAAAAUGUAUCCGGAAACGACGUCGUGCAGCCGAUAUACGUCAUGAAAUCAUGCACGAAAUGUAUGUGUUAAAAUUGAGUGAAAAUUGUCCGCAUAUCAUCCACCUUCACGAAGUCUACGAAACAGCAACUGAAGUAAAUCUCGUGUUGGAACUGGCAGCAGGUGGUGAGCUACAAAGGGUUUUGGAAGACCAAGAAGUCAUCGCUGAAAUGGAAGCAGCUCGUCUGAUGCGACAGAUUUUAGAAGGCGUGGCUUUCUUGCAUCAUAAUAAUAUUGCACACUUAGAUAUCAAGCCACAAAAUUUGCUUCUUACAAGUGCCUUACCACAGUAUGAUGUGAAAUUGUGCGACUUUGGAAUUUCUCGGCUUAUUUUAAAAGGAAGUGAAAUUCGAGAGAUCCUUGGAACACCUGAUUAUGUUUCACCAGAAAUUCUUCAGUAUGAACCAAUUUCUUUAGCUACUGAUAUGUGGAGCAUAGGUGUCCUGGCUUAUGUUCUUCUCUCAGGUCACACUCCCUUUGGUGGAGAGACCAAGCAAGAAACAUUUUGGAAUAUCACUAGUGGUAUAUUGGAGUUUCCAGAAGAAAUAUUUUGUGGUGUGUCAAACGAUGCUAAAGAUUUCAUUCAGAGGUUAUUAAUUACUGAACCAAGUGAACGAAUGACGGCCAAAGAAUCGCUAUGUCACUCUUGGAUUAAGAAGUUUUGUGACCCAGAGAAUACUGAGAAAGAUUUAUCAAGGAGAUCAUCGAUGGAUGAAGCAAAUACUGAGGUUUCUGAUGUACCAUCAGAGUUCAGUAAAGACAUUUCUAACCAUUCAAGAGAGAUGCAGUCAAAAGAAUCGGUAACUGCUGAAGUUGUAGAGGGAACAUUUUCAUGUCAGACACAUCUGCUUCCCAUGGCCCACCACCAAAGGAAUGGGAUCAUUGAAAAGGAGGUGGUUUCUAGUUCUGAUAAAUCACACUCUUGUUUAUCUAAUCUAAAUUCCACAAAAAAAAGAGGUGUAUCUGAAAUGGGGAAUAUGAUGGUUGAACUGGAAGGACUUAAUUUAAAUAAAUGUAUCAUUAUUACUGAUGAAAGAAUGAGUGUGGUUUGUUAAAGUGAAGAUGAGCUAGGAUUUUAUAGCUUCAUUCACUUUGUGUCCAUAGACUUGGUUAGUGUCUAGUUUGACUAUUCCAUUGCAGUCAGCAAAUCAGCAGUUCUUCCGAUGAUUUGAUUAAAAUAGUCUGAAAUAAAUAGGAGUAAUAUAAUGAUUGAGGUAGUUUAGUUUAAGAUUAUAUAAAAUAUUUUCUGGAUAGAUUUCAAGAUAGCAGUAGAGAGUGAGUUGUUAUUGGUUGAUAAAAUUAGAAAAUGUUUUUACUGACCUCACACUGGAUGAUCUGGGCUUUGAAGAUUUUUGUACAUUCUUUUCCUCAGCUGGUUGACUGAUUAGCAAGGAUAUAUCUACAAACAUUGCACAGACUGGUUGGUGAGGAUACCAAAGAGAAGUUCAUUGAUAGUGUAUGUAAUUGAGUAUGCAUAUUAGGCUUUCCACUAGAUGGGUUUAUCAGAAUUGUAUGUCAGUUUAUCAACUCUUAAGGGACCAACCUUUUUAUAAUAAACUACCCAACCACAAUAAAGUAGCAUCAUUCAAAGCUGCAGUAUAUAUUUAGUCCAAGUGCACGCUAUAGUGGUUAUAGUUUCUCUCAUUAUAUGGAAUAUGUAUUUUUACUGCCUAGAUUGAUCACUUUGCUUUCAGCCAUGUUUUCUCAUAUAUAUAUAUAUAUCUAUAUAUCUUAAUUAUCUUUAUUCACUAGAUAACCUAAACACCAUAAAAGUCGAUAUACAAUAUUAUUUGAGCUUGUGGUUGAAUUGUAGUCCUUUUGGUAGACAUUAUUAUGUUAGUCUUUUGGUUUUAGUGGAAAUAACAGAUUGGAUAAGGGAGUAACUGAUUGAACAAUCCAUUGAGAAUGUAAGCAUUAGAUGAGGUUAAGGGAUACUCUUUAUGUAACAAAACUGCAUGAGACGUAAGUAAUCUAUACAUAACUUUCAAUAAACCUUUCCAUGAAAGCCAAUAGAAAGUGAAGUAGUCGGGGUGUCUACGGACUAUUUACAGGGUUAUUUUAACCAAACUUAUCAUAACUAGUGUUUUAACCAUAUAUUUAUAAAUUUUAAUGUAAAAAUAGUGUGAAUUAAGUAGUUUGUCUUAAUUUAUUACAACGGCUUUCAAUUCCAAUGUUUAAAUGGUGUAUUACUUUGAUUUUCUGUAAAUAUACAUUUUGUACAAGGACAUUUUUAGUGAUAUGGUACCCCCCAUAUUCAGAAAUAAAAUUUUUGGGUGAUA